AAACUCCUUGCUGCUGCUCCACCCGGUUUGACAGGCGCCGGGUCCCCGCUUGUAGCCGACUCUGUCUCCUUUCGCCUUUCUCGCCUCGAGCCGUGAACUUCGUUGCCACCGCCGUCGCCACCACUCCAGCCUCCGGAGUCGCUCCUUCCCCAUGUUCCGGGGCGGGAGUCCUGAAAGCGAAGACGCGCGCGCUGGUACCCCAUCAUGUCCGAACUGACCAAAGAGCUGAUGGAGCUGGUGUGGGGCACCCAGAGCAGCCCUGGUCUCUCCGACACCAUCUUCUGCCGCUGGACGCAAGGGUUUGUGUUUAGUGAAUCAGAGGGAUCUGCAUUAGAACAGUUUGAAGGUGGCCCUUGUGCUGUUAUUGCACCUGUUCAGGCAUUUCUUUUGAAGAAGCUCCUGUUUUCUUCUGAGAAGUCGUCUUGGAGAGAUUGCCCAGAAGAAGAACGGAAGGACCUCCUUUGUCAUACCUUGUGUGACAUAUUAGAAAGUGCUUGUGACAACGCCGGAUCAUUUUGCUUGGUUUCAUGGUUAAGAGGAAAGACAACGGAAGAAACUGCUAGUAUUUCUGGGAGUCCUGCUGAGCCUAGUUGCCAAGUGGAAUCUUCUUCUGCCUUGGCUGUCGAAGAGCUUGGCUUUGAGCGAUUUCAUGCAUUAAUUCACAAAAGAUCGUUCAGAAAUUUAUCAGAAUUAAAAGAUGCUGUCAUGGACCAGUAUUCAAUGUGGGGAAAUAAAUUUGGAGUAUUGCUUUUCCUAUAUUCUGUAUUACUGACAAAGGGUAUUGAAAACAUAAAAAAUGAAAUUGAAGACACAAGUGAACCUUUGAUAGAUCCUGUAUAUGGACAUGGCAGCCAAAGUUUAAUUAAUCUCCUUUUGACGGGACACGCUGUUUCUAAUGUAUGGGAUGGUGACAGAGAAUGCUCAGGAAUGAAACUUCUUGGUAUACAUAAACAAGCAGCUGUAGGCUUCUUAACAUUAAUGGAGGCUUUAAGAUACUGUAAGGUUGGUUCUUACUUGAAAUCUCCAAAAUACCCUAUUUGGAUUGUGGGCAGUGAAACUCACCUCACCGUAUUUUUUGCCAAGGAUAUGGGUUUAGUUGCACCUGAGGCUCCUUCAGAACAAGCCAGGAGAGUUUUUCAAACCUAUGACCCAGAAGAUAAUGGAUUCAUACCCGAUUCACUUCUAGAAGAUGUGAUGAAAGCCUUGGACCUUGUUGCAGAUCCUGAAUAUAUAAACCUCAUGAAGAAUAAAUUAGAUCCAGAAGGAUUAGGAAUCAUAUUAUUGGGUCCAUUUCUUCAAGAGUUUUUUCCUGAUCAGGGUUCCAGUGGUCCAGAAUCUUUUACUGUCUACCACUACAAUGGAUUGAAACAGUCAAAUUAUAAUGAAAAGGUAAUGUACGUAGAAGGCACUGCAGUUGUCAUGGGUUUUGAAGAUCCCAUGCUGCAGACCGAUGACACUCCUAUUAAACGCUGCCUCCAAACCAAAUGGCCAUACAUUGAAUUACUCUGGACCACAGAUCGCUCUCCUUCGUUAAACUGAUUUGCCCACAUGUUUUCAUUAUAGCAGAUGUUGAAAGAGGGACUGAAGACUGGCAAGUGGCUAAAUUAAGCUGAACACUGGUUUCAUUGAUUUCUCUGUAAAUAACAAACACUUUUUCAGUAUUUAAAAUAUGUUUAAAUUGUUUGUUUUAAAGCUGUAUGUUAAAGGUUAUCCUACCUUGACCUUUUAUGUGAAAUGGACUAACAAAAUUUUUCUUAAUCAAAGUUCAUUUCUUUUGCAGUCAGAUAAAUUUUCAUUUAUUUAACAAAUCACAAGCAACAUUAUGCUACAGCAUUUGUAUCUUACAGAUUACUAUUUAUAAAUUUCUACUUUUAGUUUUUAUUUUAUUCAGGCACAUUCUAUUGUUUAAAUGACUGACUUAAAAUGUAUCAAACUCAACAUUGAAAUGCACAAGAGUUCAGUUUUGCUAUCUUCUAGAGUCUGUUUUCCAUUAGAAAUACUAAUAAAUAGCAAAUUAUCAGCUCAUAUCCAUUGGCAAUUGACUUAGCUUUGGCAUGUUUUAGAAAAAGAAGAGACUAAAGUGGAAUGUAACAUUUAUUUACAAUAUGUAAGGGGAUAUCUUUUUAAAUUUAACAGGAAAGAGUCUUAACACUGUUACAUUUCACUGUAUUGCCAAAUACAUUUUUCCAAAUUCCUCCCAACAGCCCUGUAAGCCAGCUUCCUUGCAUAUUUAUAAAUGUGAUAAAUGCAUGAGAACAUCUGUUAUUACAUUAGUAUAUUGCAUUAUUUAUUAUGAUCCUAACUGAUGGCCUAAAUAAACCUUUUUUUUUCUUUAA